GCAAAUGAGGGAAGAUCUCUGGUCACGAGCUCCUGCGGAGUCCAAGGCUUCUCUGUCCACGGUCAUCGCUGGCCAGGACAACACCUUCAUCGUUCACACCCGGGACGCCGAAGACAACCCGAGGACCUCGGCGAUCACGGGCUACAUGGGCUCCACCCCCGCAGUGCCGCUGUCCUUCAGCUAUCUCGGAGGUGGCAACUACACGGCCACCAUCAACCCGGUCUCUGCCGGUGACUUUCCGAUGCACGUGCUUGUCAACGGUGGGGCCCCUUACCGAUUGGUGCGCGUGUCAGUGCCGUGUGCAAGUGCCAUCUGCCAGUGA